AGUUGUCAUCGCUUGCUCAGCUGUUGUAGUUUUAUUUUGAUUUGUAAUCAUAGACUAUUUGUAAUUUUAGCAACUCAUUAUUUUGCAAAUACUUAUAAGUAUUGAUGAUUUUUGUAAAAUUCAUAGUUACGAAAUAAAUUUCUAAUUUGAUAAAUUGAGUGAAAAUAGUUAUCGUCUACUUUUACGUUGAAGAUAAAUAAUAGAGCAAGUAUAAUAAAAAAUGUCUAAUCCUUUGCCGGUCAUAACUAUACAAUGCGAUUGGAAUGAUAUUAUAAGAUUACCCAAAGGGAACGCUUGGAUAACUUCCAAAAAAUUAAAUGAAAAUGGCAUUCAUGAUAAGCUUUCCACUUGUAUGAGUGAUGGGAAAGUGAAAAUAAUAUUUUCAGACAAUUACCAAUACAUUUCUCAUGGACCAUUGAGCCUGGUGUUAAAACAUAUACCCUCAGAUCUGAAGGUGGCGUUCAUAGCUCCCUCAAAAGCUCACAAAAUACAUAGUAAAGGAGUGUUAUCUGUAGCGGUAGCUGAGAAUGCCUUAGCCGUGUCAUCAUGUGAACAAGAUAAACUUGUGGUUUGGGAUAGCAGGACAGGUGAAGUAAACCUUGAACUGAAAGGCCAUGGUGGUCCAGUUUACAAAUGCAGGUUCUUCCCAUCAGGGAUUGUAGUGUUAUCUGCUGGUGCUGAUGGUUCCUGCAAGAUCUGGUCUGCUGAGUCGGGAAUUAAUCCUGUAACUUUGAAGGGACACAGAAUGGCUGUGUGUGACACCAGUAUCAUUGAAAGAGGAAGAAAUGUUAUAUCUGUUAGCAAAGAUGGUUCAGCAAAAUUAUGGGAUGUUGGUGAAUCAAAGUGUCUGGCUAAUGUUGUUGAAGGACAUGGACAGAUCAACUGCUGUGCCCUCUCCACAACUAGUGAGCAAGUUGAGGUGGAAAAUGAGAGAGAGGUUGGCACAAAUAACAAAUUGCUGGUAGUGGGAUGUGAGAGUGGACAAGUAAUCUGUUCCCAUGUGGCCAAGAGAGCCCAAGUUUAUACUAAGCAGUUGGAUUCUGCUUGUAACACCAUCAUUGUUUUGGACCACUCUGUCAUUGUUGGUUGCAGUGAUGGAAAGAUAGUAAAAUUAAAUCUUGAAGAUGGAUCUCUAUUAAAAGAAUGGCAUGAAUCAGCUAGUCCUGUCCUCAGCAUGGUAGUUCUGACAAAUCAACUGUUUGUUGUUGGACGGCAAGAUGGCACAUGCACUGUGUUGACUCUUGACGAGGGUGACUCUAAAAUCAGAGUGCAACUGACUGGUGCCGACUGUGAUGGCAUCAGGGACCUCUCAUUCAAUGGCAAGUGGGUAUUUGCUGGCUGUAGAGAUUCUACGGUGCGGAAAUACGAUUUUAAUCAAAUCAAUGUCCACUUCAAAUAAAAAAAACCUUAUAAUAACCUUAUGAAAUAAGACUAUUUAUGUAUAAGAUUUAAUAUACCUUCGUCUUGGACAUUUAUUAUUAUGACUAUUUUAUUUGUUAAUUUCGCGGCAAUUAUUGUUAUUAAGUAGGUAGUUAAAGUACAUAGAGAGUGCAAUAAUGUAAAUUUUGCUGCAAGUAAUUUCUCUUUCCUGUAUUGAAGUUUCAUUGAAUUCUUUUAACCCUGUUCUUUCUGUCACAAGUGCAAACUGCACUAUAUUCUGCUGAUACAAUCUGAAAAAAGAUUUUCUUAUAAAAUUCUAUUGUAUGAAAGUUUUAUAAAUAUUAAAAUGCUGUUCUCAUACCAUUUUAUGUAACUCCACACUUGUGUUCUCAAUCUCACCCAUUGUGUCUAUAAUAGAUCUAACUAUCUGGGAGUGUGUUAGAUAAUUUGGCGAAAACUAAAGAAAAAAAAAAGAAAAAUAAAUAGUACCUAUCCUUCUUUUUCUAUUCAAUUCGUAUGAGAUUCUUACCUGAACAUGAUUAUACUUUAAUUUUAAUUCCUUGAAGUUAGUUUCAGUACGUUUAUAUAAUUUCGUCCAAAGAACUGCAUCUUUGUGAAUAUUUCUCUUUAGUUUAAUCCAAUCGAUCGCAUGUCUUUUAGCUAAGACUGGACAUGUUAUUUCUUAAAUUAAGAAAAGACAUAUUAAUUAUAUGAUGACUUUUGUUACUCCUACUUAAAUUAAAUGGAAUUUUUACUAA